GAUUCGCAGGUCAUUUUCUCGUGGGCGGGUGACUAUGGAGGAGAAGGGUUUCCGGCGGUGGCGCGGUUUGCUCCAUGGGUUGUUGACCGCGGCAGUUCGAUUGCUUUUCUUGCUCUCCGCUUGUUCCGUGGUGGCCUCAGCAAGAGAAGUUGGGGCGAACGCAUAUCCUGGGGUCCAGCUGCUAGUUCACAAUGAUCAGGUGGUGAUGGACAAUGGGAUUGUCGAGGUUACAUUCUCAAAUCCAGGUGGGGAUGUCACGGGCAUCAAGUUCAACGGGAUCGAUAACCUCCUUGAGCCUCGCAAUAGAGAAACCAAUAGGGGGUACUGGGACAUUGUGUGGAACCGGCCAGGGGAACCCAGUACGUAUAUGAGGAUUGAGGGAACAACGUUUAAGGUGGUAGCAAACACGGACGACGUGGUCGAGGUGUCGUUCGUCGGCAGAUGGAGCAAUUCUUCCGAUUCGCACUUGGCCCCGCUCAUCGUCGACAAGAGAUUUGUAGUGAGACGGGGGAGUUCCGGGCUCUAUGGGUACGCGAUAUUUGAGCACCCAAAGGGGUGGCCCGACUUGGACGUCGGAGAAGCCCGGAUUGUUUUCAAGCUCAAUGGACAAAAGUUUCACUAUAUGGCUAUUUCGGAUGAGAGGCAAAGGGUUAUGCCGACGGCAGAAGAUCGGGCGAGCGGUCGCGUGCUGGACUACAAGGAAGCUGUGCUCUUGACUGAUCCAUCCAAUUCUGAGCUUGAAGGCCAGGUCGAUGAUAAGUACCAAUACUCGUGCGAGAACCAGGACAACAAGGUGCACGGAUGGAUCAGCAGCGACCCUCUGGUGGGAUUCUGGAUGAUCACGCCCAGUCACGAGUCUCACACCGCCGGGCCGGUCAAGCAAGACCUCACUUCCCACGUCGGGCCGACCACACUCAACGUGUUUUAUAGCAACCACUACGCCGGGAGAGACGUGUACAUGAGCUUCCGAAACGGAGAGGCGUGGAAGAAGGUUUACGGACCCUUCAUGGUCUACGUCAACUCGGGGUCGCCUGAAGAAGACGAAUCGAAGCUUUGGGUGGACGCAAAGGGGCAGAUGUUGACGGAAACUAUAAGUUGGCCCUACGACUUCAUUCAUUCGGAAGAUUACCCUUCCGCAGCCGAACGAGGAACAGUCGGCGGUCAACUGUCGGUUCGAGACAGAUACGUAAAGAACAGUGACAUGCUGGCGGACUCGGCGUACGUAGGGUUGGCAGCACCGGGAGAGGUUGGUUCUUGGCAAACAAACACAAAGGGUUACCAAUUCUGGACUCAAGCGGACAACAACGGAUCUUUCGAAAUUAGGAACGUCCGGCCAGGCGUCUACGGUUUGUAUGCAUGGGUUCCCGGUUUCAUCGGGGACUACAGAUACCAUAUGAAUAUCACGGUCAAGCCAGGAUCUGAUAUGGAGCUGAGCGCUCUGGUUUUCAGCCCUCCAAGAUCUGGUCCCACGUUGUGGGAAAUUGGCAUCCCCGAUAGAACGGCCGCUGAAUUCUACGUGCCCCGACCAUACCCAGGGUUGAUGAAUAAAGUGUUCAAAAACGACACCGGAGAGAGGUUUAGGCAGUACGGACUAUGGGAACGGUAUACGGAUUUAUACCCUAAAGACGAUCUUGUCUACACAGUUGGCAUCGACAACUACCGCAGAGACUGGUUUUUCGCUCAUGUCACCCGGAACAUAGGAAAUUCAACGUACGUGCCAACAACAUGGAGGAUUGACUUUAAUCUUCAAAAUGUGGACUUUAGAGGGAUCUACAGACUUCAAAUGGCAGUGGCAUCAGCGACCCAGUCUCGCAUAUCGAUCCGGAUCAACGAUCCGAAUGAGCAACCUCACUCAUCAACGGGCCGUUUCGGCUAUGACAACGCCAUCGCAAGACACGGGAUCCACGGUCUGUACUGGAGGUUCGGCUUUGACGUGCCAGGCUCUCGGCUACACAGGGGAACCAACUCCAUCUACCUCGCUCAGUCUCGAACUGCCAGGACACCCUUCGAAGGUGUCAUGUAUGACUACAUUCGUUUCGAAGGCCCUCCGAGAACUCAUUGAUCUUCUCCAAUUGUACAGAGUUCACGCAGAUAGCCAUUUGAUCAAGAUUCAUGCAAUGUUUACAAGAUUAGGUUAGACGUAGCCGUUUUUAUGUUCUCUUCUGGCGGUGAGCCGAUGAUGUUCUUGUUCAAGAAGGUAGAGGUUCGGUUAUAAUUUAUACAGAAAGCAAUUGUUUGUUACAUUUGAUACUUCAGUUGAAUUGAUUUAUACUAUUCCUUUUUCAAGUGAA